AUGCCAAAAAAUAAGGGCUCGAAACGAGCGCGUAGUGGUGGCAAGGGUAGUGGCGAGGGGUCGACUUCCGCCUGGACUGCUAGCGAUCACAUUGUUCGCAAGGCGAAACAACAGCGAAAGGCUGACGACAAACAAGAGCUACGUGCCCAACGGUCUGCUCUCCUGACCAGGGAUUCCAAAGAGAAGCGAGAGGCUGGAAAGUUGCGAUUGCAUAUGAAAAGAGUACAACGACAGAUCGACACAUUGCGGUCGCGGCUGGAAAGUUGGGAUGACGAGGACGAACGAAAAUUGGCGGUUCAAAACAAAAAGGAAGAAGAAGCUAGGAAAAAAGAGUUGGAAAAUCCAACCAAAAAGAAAAAGGGACGCAAGGGACCAGAAACCUGGAAGUUGAAGGGAGCUGCCAGACCUGCAUCGGAAAUCUAUGAUUUUGAUACUCGUUACGUUGAUCCCUAUUUGAAGGCUCACGAAGAUGCCAAGAAAAAGGCCCAACGAUCUCGGAAUGUCUUUGCCUUGUGCAAGGGAAGAUUUGGAGAAGAACAAUCAAAGGAUGUGCCGCAACCGUUCUGUCGUGAUUUUCUAUCCCUCCUUAUGCAGAUGGGGAAUUUGGCACAACAGGCCAACCAAUUGAAAACGGCCCGCAAAUCAUUUCUUGAAUGUUUGGACUUGGAUUCCACCCCUCCAAUCACCAAUGCACGAUGUCAGUUAAUGAGAUUGUACAUGGAUGCCAACCGACCUGAUUCCGCACGACGGCUCUGGGAGAAAUUGGGCCCAGAAGAUCCAUCGGUUUGGAUUCGAUAUUCGGCCGCUUUGAUUGAAUAUGUUAGCUGGAAAUUGUUGGAAGAAGAGGGCAGUACACAACAAACAGCCGAGGCUUUGCUGGCAAGAGCCAUUCAGACCAAUUUGUAUUGCGCCUACUAUUUGGCCUUUUCUGACACCUUUAUCGAUGCCAUUGACUAUGGUGAUGAAAUCGAAGAUGCCAAUGAAGAUUCUCCACUGGAAGAAGCUAUUGAAUAUUGCAACAGCGAACAAAUGGGGGCGUGGCAAGGUACAGAGGGUGCCUGCCAAUGGAUUCGAUCGGUCAUUAUGAAGGGAUUGAAGGAUGCCACUUGUGUCGCGGACGGUGCAUUGAAAAAGGAAGAUUUGGAGUGGCGUCAAAAGUUAUCCGAAAUGCGUCAGCGAUACGAGGAAAGCCGAGCAGCUGAGGAUGGGGAGAAUGGGGAGAAUGAAUCCAACAUGGAGGAAGAGGAGUCCGGAAACCAAUCGGAUGAAGAAAUGGAUGACGAUGAAUUAGUUGUAGACCUUGGAAUGUUUAUUGGCAUGUUUGAAACCGCCAUGGAGAUGGUGGAAGAUAGCGAUGAAUACAAGCAAAGCUAG